GAUUAGCUCUUAGAAAUCACGUUCGUGCCGGAGAGCGCGACUGACGCCCAUGCCCACGAUUUUUGAGUUAACUUCUUUUCACUAAACUGGCAUCGUUGCUCGGGCGGUCCAACUGUCGUUUCAUCGCCGGUUACUAGACCUCAUCACAGCCACUACUAGAAGUUUAACUGUUUACAGCUGCAGAAGCCUGGAAGUUCCAGCAUGGUUGGCUUUCUGGGUACGGGAAGCAGGAACUCCCCAGCGACGGGCAGUCCUCAUCCUGAUACUACUUCAAACACGCCGCCCCAGGCCAAUGGAAGUGCUCGCGUCUUCUCCGAUAAGUCUGCACCCAAUCGGUCUGCCGGCCAGCCUCAGAAUACUAGUGACAACAGUCAUAGUACCCUUCAUUUCUUUUCACUUCCUCACUGGACACGAAAGAUGCUACCUGUCUCCGUGUCUGCUCGUCGGAAUCAAGCUGGUAUGCCCUCUGAUGAACUGGGCGUCGUUCGGAGAAGGCCCUCAAAACUUAUGCUGGAUAAGGAGCUCCCGCCUACACCUCCGAUCCAAAGUUUAGCUGGCAAUUCAGACUCUGCAGCAACGUCCUUGCACAUAUCCUCGCCAAUAUCCACGAACAGAUCCACCCCCUCACCUACCUUUCCCAGAGCAAACAUACCUUCAACUUCCGCUGAACCCAGACAUGCCCAGCCUACGUUAUAUUUCGAUGUAUAUCAUAAUGCUGUUCCCCGCGGAGUGAACACAGUGUCUUUUGUCACUGCUUCACCUCCGACCAACGACCAACACGACUCGGCCCCCCCGCUACGACACGCCAGAAGUACUCAAUCGUUCCUUUCACAUAAACAGGCAGACCGGUCGAUGCACCCUCUCAACGUUGCGGAUAGAGUUCGUGGUCUUUCCAUCGGCCAGAGACUAUCUCCCAGACUGAAAGAUGCGGAACCACCACCGACCGGUGGAAACAAUGAAUCAUCACCUGUUCGCCAGGUGUCGAAAAAAUCUUCGCAACAACUGCUUUCAGUUCCGUCUGAUUCUCUGUCCCUUCCAGCAUUGCAACCGACAUCACCAUUUCGCAUAGACUUUCAUUCGGACACUCCUGCAUCUUCCCAGCAGCUACCGCAACGAUCCACUUCGAGAUUGACACGAAGUCACUCAGAGAGGUUCGCUAGACGUCCGUCCCCCUCCAACUGUGAAUUGCCUGCAUCACCCAAGAUCAUAUCAGCAUUUGAUUCGUCUCAGCAUCAUUCAACGACUGCUGAUUCACAAAUUCCUUCCCAUCAUUUAUCCAGACCCGCACUGCGCCGCCCCAUGACUGCCGAUUCCACCCGUUCACGCACUCGUUCAUUUUUUACUCUGUCACCACAGACAACGCCCGGUCCUUCUACACAUACCCCACACUUUGGAAAUGCGCUCUCAAGUCUCACUUCGUCUACUUCCGCCAAUCAUACAAAUAAUCGACCACGUUCCGCUACUAAUCCACCUCUCCUGCACCGACUUUCAAUCAAUUUUUUUGCAUCAUCCCCUGCCUCCGCAAAAGCUGGGACAAUUCCCGGCGGUUCCAUAACCGCCUCGCCGGUUUCUCGAUCACGUCCACCGUUGCUUUCGUCGGUACCACCUGAGGAGCUGAGACCUCAACAGGACGAGCUACCUGAGGCCUUCCUGCAGAGACUUACCUCCCUUGUUGGUAAAGCUGAUGUUGCGGGGUUGUUGGGAUCAAGUACGGCAGUCAAAUAUGUAGCUACCCUCAAGCUUUACAUCGGAAAAUUCUCUUUUACUGGGGAUCCUCUGGAUGUUGCUCUGCGGCGGCUUUUGAUGCAUAUAGGCCUUCCCCGGGAAACACAGCAAAUCGAUAGGGUGAUUGAAGCUUUUGCGAAACGAUAUGUCGAGUGCAACCCAGAUAUAUUUAUGUCCGAUGAUAUCCCAUACAUUCUCGCCUUCAGUCUCAUCAUGCUUCACACAGAUGCAUUCAACAAGUCCAACAAGCGCAAGAUGACGAAAGCUGACUAUCAGAAAAACACGGCUGUCUCGGGAGUUAUACCCGAAGUGCUGGAUUGCUUUUAUGAUAAUAUCGUGUUCGCUCCUUUCAUAUUUAUCGAGGACCCUAUGGAUCCCCCUCGUCCAUCAGUUGAUGGAAGUCUUUCGCGACCUCCCACUUCAGCUGGUGUUCCAAUGACACCAGUAGGAGGUACUCUACUAAGCAGACCAAAGAUUGAUCCAUAUUAUCUGAUCACCAAUGACUUACUUGAUUCGCUCCGCGUAAAUGUCGAACAGCACAUCCCUCUAGACAAUCCGUACCGUUGGGAGGGAACAAGCGGUUCCUGGGAUAACGACAAACUUUGGUCUGCUUUUGCCGAAGGAGAUACGAUAGAGAUUUCUUGCUUUGAACACAAGUGCAUGCCUUCUGGAUUGUUCGGCCUCAGUGUAGCCAGUCCAUCACUUAUGGGGACAACCGCACUUCCCGGUUUUUUGCCACCUCAGAAGGAGACUUGGCGGCUUAAGCUGUCAAAAGUCUCUGUUUUGAACCGCAAAGAUGAUAUCUUGGAAGGCGGUAAAAAGCCCUCGAACCGCAAGUGGAAGUCAUUUGGUGUUGCUUUGACGACUUCACAAGUCCUUCUCUUUCGCGACCCAUCAUGGGCUGCCACUUUUCUGUCAACAUCGGAUUAUUCCAGACAGCCGACCUUACAUUGCAAACCCGAUGAAGUUUUGUCGGUCAAAGACGCACUCGCUGUGUUUGAUCGGUCAUACCAAAAGCAUCCAAACACUUUUCGCCUGGCCCUCGCCGAUGGACGUCAGAUCUUGUUCCAGGCAUCAAGUGAACUGGAGGUCAAUCAAUGGGUCUCGCGCAUCAAUUAUGCUAGUGCUUUCAAGUCUGCUGGGAUACGAAUGCGUCCCCCUGGUAUGACAGGCAGGGAGGUGACGCUAACCGGGUUGGCUGCUGCGCAAUCACAUCUCCAAGACUUACGGCUGGUGCAGCAAUCCCAGCCCAAAAUUCGAUCAUGGGGUUCUCAGAGCUCACUCAUUCGUGCUACCAAGUCGACCGACGAAGAUGCUGUCGAGCGAUCAAACCCGGAAAUUGGGUCAGAGCUUGAAGCUCGGCACGAUAUCACUCAUGAACCUCCCGCCGUGCGUGAGAUAGAAGGGGCAUCCCAAUUCAAAGCUACUUUCGACAAAGUGAAAGCGCAAUUGACUGCUGCCCGGCUCAGUCUGUGUGAUUCGUCAUUGCCCCUGAAUGACGCAUCUGAUGAUGUUGUUCGUUUCCCUGUGCGCCGCUCCUCCCUGACAGCCGACGACAAUUCCCCUCCCCAAAGCAAUCGUACCAUUCUCCUUCAAUCCACCAUCGGCGAUCUCGAAGAUCGGAUUUGUGUAAUGCAGCCACUUCUGGAAACGAAGAUGCACUUCGCUCGCAACGUAUCAGUCUUGACACCCUUCCAACGGUCAACGCGAGAUCGGCUUCAAGAUGCAGUACAAAUUGUGGCGAAGCAGAUCUCCCAGUUGCGUCUGGAGAUUGCUAGGCUCAUAUGUCACCGCAAUGUCCUGCUAAACGAUGUGGCAGCAGAAGAGCGAGGGUUUAAACAGGCAGCUACAAUUGCUUUGAACGCUGCCAUGGAUACUUUGCAAAGCCGAGGGCAGCGUAUACCUGAGCCGACGUCAUCACCCGAUGAUGGAUCACUGGAUGUGCCGUCGUACCAACCAUCUUCCAAAGCCAUACCCAGUUCUCUGGAAUCCUCCGUUCACGAUUCUUUCCGGUCGGCUCUAGAUUUCGGUCCAGACUGGCCGACAAACUACACAUUUUCCGUGUCGAGAAUCUUAGAGCCAACGAGAAUCACGGAUUCCCCCCUCACUGAAGGGGAAGGCUCAGGAUAUCCUUUCCUAGAGGCCGACACCAGUCUCUCAGAGUCUCGGACGGCUCAUUCUGUUCGGAGCUCUCUAGAGUUAUCCGUGCAAGACGGUACUCCCCAUUCUACCCAUGAGAAGUUUUACACAGCGCAAGAGUCGCCUGAAGAGCAAGCUGAGGAGUGGAACAAGACCCGAGCAGCGAAACGUGUUUCGCUAGUCAAAUUGCCCCCAGACAUUCGACUGUCGGCGAUGUUUGGCAAGACUCAACGAAAUGGUUAUAAUGAUCUGAUAUCCACGAUGACUCGGGAGGAUUCUUCUUUUGGAUAGUUCCUUUCGCAUUGAACUUUGGACAAUCUACAUACUCGCCUAUAGCUAUUGCAUACGUUAUAUCGCUUGAAUUGUGUCGCAUAUUAUAUAACCUAAGCAGCUUAAA